AUGUCAACGGAAGGCCUUGGCGACCAAAUUUCGCAAGUGAUAGAAGAAUAUCAAGAACUUUACACCGAUGAAUACGUGUUGGUUGCAGCAUCUGACGUCAGUCUAAUGCACAAUGUUCUUAACUUCAUUGAGCUCAAGUUCGUGCAUAACAGGUGCACCACGCUAGGCAACACCUUGAGGGUCUUGGAAUAUAUACAACCACUUCCUCCUGCAGCAUUCUCCGCAAUGCGCGCACUAGCGCUGAGUCAAAGCCGCCCGCUUGCAAUCCUAGUGCUGGUAUUUUCCAUUGUGAAUGUGGGCAUCAACUUUGGUAUCUUUCAAUAUCGGACACAGAGCUUCAGUGAUCCAACUUGGGGUUGCCUCGUGAAUGUCCUGCCAAUCCCCAGGCCGCUCCUGAUAACGAGCCGUGUAUUUCGUUGUUUUUCUCAUUCUGAACACUCUUCGCAUGGCAACCACCUUGAGAGGGUCUCCUUGAUCGCCAAUUUCGGCGAUCCUCUUACUACGGUCCUGGUCUCGCGAUUCCUGCUUGACCUACAGGAGGCUCAUCAGCGGACAAUCAAGCUCGGCUCAGACGACCCGCUCCACUCGUCCGCCGCAUCGGAAUCCCAGGUUGGAAUCGGAUCCCUGCGGUUCGCAGUGGACGCUAUGGGAUCCAUCGGAGCCGAUCUUCGGAUCCUGGACGAAGUCAAUGCCUCGGAAGAAGAAGAAAUACCGGUGACGGAGGACGUGGACAGCACGGCAUAG